AUGAGAGAUGAGGGUAGAUUGGAUAAGCCCUCUAGAGACCGUCCGCAGAUUAUUCUUCCUAAGACAUUUUUGCGUCACUACAGCGGGUAUCUUUACACCUGGAAAGAAGCAAACGAGUAUUGCUCCUCCAUCGGAAAAGAUGGCCACCUCCUACGGAUCCGAGACCAGAAGACAUUCAGUAAAGUUGCCGGCCUCGUCAAAGGAUCUGCUUCUAAUUUCUGGUUGGAUGCUACUAACUUGAUGUCGUCCAAGGGAGAAUUUGCCUACUCAGACAGCACUGACGUGGGCUUCGCCAAGUGGACUCAGGGUGGACUGAAGGACUUAAAACCUAAUGAGAAGUACUGCGUUUAUAUGAGCUAUGUUGAUGACUACUCGUGGCGGUACGGUGACUGUAACCAAAGAAUGGGCUUCAUAUGUGUUUUGUCCGAGAAACCAUCACAGGAUCCCCCUAGAAUUCCAGAGGGAGUAGUGAUUGAAACUGCAACACCGGCGGUCACUACAACCAUACCACCAGCCGAGGAGCAAGAACCAGAUCUUAGCGCCAUAAUCACUGCGGAAGGGUCAUCCUCAGACCCUGACAAUGGCCCCCUGUCCAAGACGGGUUGGAUCCCAACCGUGUCCGAUCGCAACCAGUACGCCAUCUUUAAUUUCAGACGGUUUGUGCGACUGAACGAGCUGGUUCUACGUGGAGUCAAGGAGCCCAUCGCGUGGAUCACCAAGUUUAAAAUCUUCUACAAACGGAAACCGGAGAGUCAGUGGAGACAGUAUGUUCUCCUUGACGGCACCAGGGAAUUUAACAAUGUUGUAGAGGAUCCUGAUGAUGAAGCUACGUUCCCGUUUAAUCCACCAAUCCUGGCAAAGCGAGUGAAAAUUCAGCCAAUCGAGUGGAGGAACGCCAUCGCUGGACGCUUCACCUUCAAAGGAAUAAGAACCAGAGCACCGAGAGACUUAUCUAGAAAGGUCACCUACAAGACAUCCUCCGCGGUUAAAGGAUUCAAACCAAACAGCAAGAACGGUUGGAUUGCUACGACUGCCGAUAGGGACCAGUACAUUAUCGCAGACUUCAGGAGAACUGUGGAAGUCUACGGAGUCAACGUCAACAAGGUGGUCACAAGAAAGCGCAGCGGAUGGAUCGAGGUCCUGCGGAUGGAAUACAGCGAUGAUAAAGAAACCUGGUACCCUUACACGUUGGAACCAUUCCAGGACGAUGGGGCCAUUGACGUACCCUACAGUGAAAAACGACCUAAACUUGGCAAGAUCAGACUGGGUGUUCCGAUUACUGCACGAUACAUCAAGAUCACACCCAUCAAGUGGCAUGAGUUAAUCGCAGCCAAAUUAAGAUUCUUUGGUUACUGGCGAAAAGGUCUGAGAUUCCGUCGAAUCGGUGUAAGGAAAACUGUCAUCGGAAAACCGUCUCGUGAUAAGGCUCGCAAGUUGACUGUGGAAAACAAAGAUACUGGUGUUUUGUACAGUCUAAAUGAGUACAUCACUAAAUACAGCGCACCGGAAUCCUCCGAAGGCUACGAGCCUGGCAGUGCCAACGGCUGGCUCACUCGCCUCGCCAACAAAGACCAGUUUAUGGAGGUGGAAUUCGGAGACACGGUGGAGAUCAGACGACUCAAGCUUCAAGGACUCAAACUCGGCAACUUUGAGGCGUUUGUGAAGACGUUCCAGAUACUCUAUAAGACGGAGGAGGAUAAGGGAUGGGUGGUGUACAGGUUUCAGAAUAAUAAAGAUGUAUUUGAGGUUCCAGAAGAAAAGAAAAUUGACUUGUCGUCGACCUUUAACCUUCAGUACCCGAUCUUGGCCAAGUAUGUCAAAUUCCAACCUCUGCAGUGGGAAAAGGCCAUAGGAGCUAAGUUGUUCUUCUUCGGCGUCAGAAGAUUGGUGGAGAACAUGGAAGCAAGUCAAAAGGUUACCAUGACGAUGUAUUACUCCUACCAUAACAACAAGGUAUCGUGGGCCGACGCUGAGAAAUCCUGCCGAGCCAACAAAGGGUCUCUGGCUAGAAUCUUCUCGUCUCGAAUCCAGGAGAGCGUUGUGGAUAACAUCGAAGACUCUAACAUUGACGGUGAUUGGUGGUUCGAUGUCUCAGAUGAUGAGGUUGAAGGCCAAUGGGCGUCUUCAGUCGGACCUCUGCCAUACGCUGACUGGCUGAGUGGGAAGACCCCGGUCAACGAUGAAGCUAAAGACUGUGGCUUCCUGGAUGACUCGGAGAACUACCAUUGGGAUCAGGCAAGCUGUGACGACACCAAAAACUACAUUUGCCAAUAUGACUCUAAGAAAAAGAAGGCCCCAUCUGGAAGCAAGUUGUUCUCUGUAAACGUACUGACGUAUAAGUUCUUCAAUCGCCGUCUUCGGUUCGUGGAAGCGUACACGUCCUGUUCCCAAAGCGGAGCUGACCUGAUAAGCGUACCGGACCCUGUCGUACAGAAGUACCUGAACUCUUUGAUCAGGACAAAAACACGUGGUCGUCCUUGGCUAGAUAUGACAUACAACCAUCUAUUCCCGGGUACUAAUGCAUGGUUGUGUACCAACGGGAACCCGCUAGCUUUCAACAAUGGUCUCCCUGAGGAGGUUGACGGCCCAUCAUGUGCUAUCAUGAGGAGACGUCGAAAGGCGUCAUGGUUGCAGCAAAAAUGUAACAAGAAACAUAUGUUCAUCUGUCAGGAAAUACCCGCUGAGUCAGGAAAGCCUCUAGCCGUCAAAGGCCCAUCGAGAGAUGAAGUGAUCGGAACCCAGCAAAGCCAAUACAGGGUCUUCCAGUCGAAGAAAGGACUAACAUGGGGGCAGGCCAAGAGGAGCUGUCGUCGAAAUGGUGCGCAUCUCCUCCGCGUUGAGAACCAAGAAGAGCAGGAAUACAUGAUGAAAUUCCUUGAUUCCAACAAUGUUAAGGGUAAAUUCUGGUUGGAUGCUAGGUAUAAACGUGCAGGAGGUAAAUGCAUGAAAGGAGAUGGAAAUGAGGUAAAAUACAGCAAUUUCGGGCCGUCGUUCAGAGAUGCAAAGAAAAAGAGAGGAUGUGUUUACUUCACGGAUGAAAACAAAUGGACCUGGGAUACCGAACAAUGCAGGACCAGAUAUAAUUAUAUUUGCCAGAAAGAAGGAAAAAAAGGAUUUCCCCAAGGAACAAAGCCUGCCCGGGAUGCUAUCCAAGUUCCAAAGGUAAAGCCGUCCAUGAACUACUUCCAAGUCCUUAAGGGCUAUGAAUACACCUGGGCAGAGGCGUCUGAUUACUGCAAGAAAGCUGAGGACGGUUCCGGCCAUCUUGCGAGAAUCUACAAUAAAAACACCAUGGACUUCUUAUCCAAGAUGUUAAGAAGAAGAGGCAAAGGCAAGCGAAACUCAGGUGGGAAUUACUGGUUUGAUGCCAGCGAUCGCUUCAGUAAGGGAACGUUUACCUACAGCAACGAGGACGCUUUGUCGUAUACAAACUGGUUCUCUGCUGGAAGCAACAAAGAACCAAGUGUCCAGAGUGACAAGAACUGCGCUUUUAUAAACACAAAGCAUCGAUCUAAAUGGCAUGAUCAGUCAUGUGACCUCACCGUUGAUGGUUUCAUAUGCCAGUUCAAAACCAAACCGAAAGGUAAGCCCAAACGACCCAAGAUGGACAGGGAAAGGCGGCGGUCUAUCGGUAUGGCCCUCUACCUCUCAACUGAUACUUACUCCUGGACAGCCGGGGCUGAUUACUGUCGAGACCAGUUCCCUGGACGCGAAGGAGGACACCUCUUGAGAUUCGAGAACGCUAAACAAGAGAGACGAAUUGUCAGCGAGCUGUUGAAGAACACAGAACAAGGUGCCUACUACUUGGAUGCUAAGCGAGGAGACGAUGGAAAAUGGAUGGACUCCACUAAGGGACCUGUGGAUUACACUAAUUGGCCUGACGGCAUCCAACCUCCCCAAGACGAUGAGAACAAAUGUGCCGUACUGAGGCUGACAGGGAAAGGGAGCUACUCAUGGGACACAAACAAUUGUGAAGAAGCUCUUCCUUUAGUGUGCAUGCAUUAUUCAUCAAGACGCCGGAAUAGUAAGAAGGAAAAGAAACUUCCUAUUUUGAAAAAUCGGGAUGAAGGCUUUAAGAAAAAAUCAGGUGGCAAAUCCGGAAGCAAGCCAAAACGUGACGAAGUCUCCAAGAAAAGAUCUAAGUCUAUCAAAGGAGGAAAUAUUUCUGGAAGUGGAUCUUUCAGGAAGCUAAGAGAUGUUAUUAAAAGCUCCAAUAAAAGAUCGCGAGUUCGGAAAGGAAGGAAAGAUUCAAAGAGCGGUUCCGCAAGCAAGCCAAAACGUGACAAAGGCUUUAAGAAAAGAUCUAAAUCCAUCAAAGGAGGAAAGGGCUCUGGAAGUGGAUCUUCCAGGAAGCUGAGAGGUAUUGUUAAAGGCUCCAAUAAAAGAUCAGGAACUCGGAAAGUAAAGAAAGGUUCAAAGAGCGGUUCCGCAAGCAAGCCAAAACGUGACCAAGUCUCCAAGAAAAGAUCUAAAUCCAUCAAAGGAGGAAAGGUUUCUGGAAGUGGAUCUUCCAGGAAGCGAGGUCUUGUUAAAGGCUCCAAUAAAAGAUCAGGAAUUCGUAAAGGAAGGAAAGAUUCAAAAAGCGGUUCCACAAGCAAGCCAAAACGUGACGAAGUCUCAGAAAAAAGAUCUAAAUCCAUCAAAGGAGGAAAGGUUUCUGGAAGUGGAUCUUCCAGGAAGCUGAGAGGUAUUGUUAAAGGCUCCAAUAAAAGAUCAGGAACUCGGAAAGUAACGAAAGGUUCAAAGAGCGGUUCCGCAAGCAAGCCAAAACGUGACCAAGUCUCCAAAAAAAGAUCUAAAUCCAUCAAAGGAGGAAAAGUUUCUGGAAGUGGAUCUUCCAGGAAGCUGAGAGGUAUUGUUAAAGGCUCCAAUAAAAGAUCAGGAACUCAGAAAGUAAGGAAAGGUUCAAAGAGUAGUUCUGGAAGCCGACCAAAACGUGACCAAGUCUCAAAGAAGAGAUCUAAAUCCAUCAAAGGAGGAAAGGUUUCUGGAAGUGGAUCUUCCAGGAAGCUGAGAGGUAUUGUUAAAGGCUCCAAUAAAAGAUCAGGAACUCGGAAAGUAAGGAAAGGUUCAAAGAGCAGUUCUGGAAGCCGACCAAAACGUGACCAAGUCUCCAAGAAAAGAUCUAAAUCCAUCAAAGGAGGAAAAGUUUCUGGAAGUGGAUCUUCCAGGAAGCUGAGAGGUAUUGUUAAAGGCUCCAAUAAAAGAUCAGGAACUCGGAAAGUAACGAAAGGUUCAAAGAGCGGUUCCGCAAGCAAGCCAAAACGUGACCAAGUCUCCAAGAAAAGAUCUAAAUCCAUCAAAGGAGGAAAAGUUUCUGGAAGUGGAUCUUCCAGGAAGCUGAGAGGUAUUGUUAAAGGCUCCAAUAAAAGAUCAGGAACUCAGAAAGUAAGGAAAGGUUCAAAGAGUAGUUCUGGAAGCCGACCAAAACGUGACCAAGUCUCAAAGAAGAGAUCUAAAUCCAUCAAAGGAGGAAAGGUUUCUGGAAGUGGAUCUUCCAGAAAGCGAGGUCUUGCUAAAGGCUCCAAUAAAAGAUCAGGAACUCGGAAAGUAAGGAAAGGUUCAAAGAGCAGUUCUGGAAGCCGACCAAAACGUGACCAAGUCUCCAAGAAGAGAUCUAAAUCCAUCAAAGGAGGAAAGGUUUCUGGAAGUGGAUCUUCCAGGAAGCUGAGAGGUAUUGUUAAAGGCUCCAACAAAAGAUCAGGAACUCGGAAAGUAAGGAAAGGUUCAAAGAGCGGUUCCGCAAGCAAGCCAAAACAUGACCAAGUCUCCAAGAAGAGAUCUAAAUCCAUCAAAGGAGGAAAGGUUUCUGGAAGUGGAUCUUCCAGGAAGCUGAGAGGUAUUGUUAAAGGCUCCAAUAAAAGAUCAGGAACUCGGAAAGUAGGGAAAGGUUCAAAGAGCAGUUCUGGAAGCCGACCAAAACGUGACCAAGUCUCCAAGAAAAGAUCUAAAUCCAUCACAGGAGGAAAGGUUUCUGGAAGUGGAUCUUCCAGAAAGCGAGGUCUUGCUAAAGGCUCCAAUAAAAGAUCAGGAACUCGGAAAGUAACAAAAGGUUCAAAGAGCAGUUCUGGAAGCCGACCAAAACGUGACCAAGUCUCCAAGAAAAGAUCUAAAUCCAUCAAAGGAGGAAAAGUUUCUGGAAGUGGAUCUUCCAGGAAGCUGAGAGGUAUUGUUAAAGGCUCCAAUAAAAGAUCAGGAACUCGGAAAGUAGGGAAAGGUUCAAAGAGCAGUUCUGGAAGCCGACCAAAACGUGACCAAGUCUCCAAGAAGAGAUCUAAAUCCAUCAAAGGAGGAAAGGUUUCUGGAAGUGGAUCUUCCAGGAAGCUGAGAGGUAUUGUUAAAGGCUCCAAUAAAAGAUCAGGAACUCGGAAAGUAGGGAAAGGUUCAAAGAGCAGUUCUGGAAGCCGACCAAAACGUGACCAAGUCUCCAAGAAAAGAUCUAAAUCCAUCACAGGAGGAAAGGUUUCUGGAAGUGGAUCUUCCAGAAAGCGAGGUCUUGCUAAAGGCUCCAAUAAAAGAUCAGGAACUCGGAAAGUAACAAAAGGUUCAAAGAGCAGUUCUGGAAGCCGACCAAAACGUGACCAAGUCUCCAAGAAAAGAUCUAAAUCCAUCAAAGGAGGAAAAGUUUCUGGAAGUGGAUCUUCCAGGAAGCUGAGAGGUAUUGUUAAAGGCUCCAAUAAAAGAUCAGGAACUCGGAAAGUAGGGAAAGGUUCAAAGAGCAGUUCUGGAAGCCGACCAAAACGUGACCAAGUCUCCAAGAAAAGAUCUAAAUCCAUCACAGGAGGAAAGGUUUCUGGAAGUGGAUCUUCCAGAAAGCGAGGUCUUGCUAAAGGCUCCAAUAAAAGAUCAGGAACUCGGAAAGUAACAAAAGGUUCAAAGAGCAGUUCUGGAAGCCGACCAAAACGUGACCAAGUCUCAAAGAAAAGAUCUAAAUCCAUCAAAGGAGGAAAAGUUUCUGGAAGUGGAUCUUCCAGGAAGCUGAGAGGUAUUGUUAAAGGCUCCAAUAAAAGAUCAGGAACUCAGAAAGUAACGAAAGGUUCAAAGAGCAGUUCUGGAAGCCGACCAAAACGUGACCAAGUCUCCAAGAAAAGAUCUAAAUCCAUCAAAGGAGGAAAAGUUUCUGGAAGUGGAUCUUCCAGGAAGCUGAGAGGUAUUGUUAAAGGCUCCAAUAAAAGAUCAGGAACUCGGAAAGUAGGGAAAGGUUCAAAGAGCAGUUCUGGAAGCCGACCAAAACGUGACCAAGUCUCCAAGAAAAGAUCUAAAUCCAUCACAGGAGGAAAGGUUUCUGGAAGUGGAUCUUCCAGAAAGCGAGGUCUUGCUAAAGGCUCCAAUAAAAGAUCAGGAACUCGGAAAGUAACAAAAGGUUCAAAGAGCAGUUCUGGAAGCCGACCAAAACGUGACCAAGUCUCAAAGAAAAGAUCUAAAUCCAUCAAAGGAGGAAAAGUUUCUGGAAGUGGAUCUUCCAGGAAGCUGAGAGGUAUUGUUAAAGGCUCCAAUAAAAGAUCAGGAACUCAGAAAGUAACGAAAGGUUCAAAGAGCGGUUCCGCAAGCAAGCCAAAACGUGACCAAGUCUCCAAGAAAAGAUCUAAAUCCAUCAAAGGAGGAAAGGUUUCUGGAAGUGGAUCUUCCAGAAAGCGAGGUCUUGUUAAAGGCUCCAAUAAAAGAUCAGGAACUCGGAAAGUAGGGAAAGGUUCAAAGAGCAGUUCUGGAAGCCGACCAAAACGUGACCAAGUCUCCAAGAAAAGAUCUAAAUCCAUCAAAGGAGGAAAAGUUUCUGGAAGUGGAUCUUCCAGAAAGCGAGGUCUUGUUAAAGGCUCCAAUAAAAGAUCAGGAACUCGGAAAGUAGGGAAAGGUUCAAAGAGCAGUUCUGGAAGCCGACCAAAACGUGACCAAGUCUCCAAGAAAAGAUCUAAAUCCAUCACAGGAGGAAAGGUUUCUGGAAGUGGAUCUUCCAGAAAGCAAGGUCUUGUUAAAGGCUCCAAUAAAAGAUCAGGAACUCGGAAAGUAGGGAAAGGUUCAAAGAGCAGUUCUGGAAGCCGACCAAAACGUGACCAAGUCUCCAAGAAAAGAUCUAAAUCCAUCAAAGGAGGAAAGGUUUCUGGAAGUGGAUCUUCCAGGAAGCUGAGAGGUAUUGUUAAAGGCUCCAAUAAAAGAUCAGGAACUCGGAAAGUAAGGAAAGGUUCAAAGAGCGGUUCCGCAAGCAAGCCAAAACAUGACCAAGUCUCCAAGAAGAGAUCUAAAUCCAUCAAAGGAGGAAAGGUUUCUGGAAGUGGAUCUUCCAGGAAGCGAGGUCUUGUUAAAGGCUCCAAUAAAAGAUCAGGAACUCGGAAAGUAAGGAAAGGUUCAAAGAGCAGUUCUGGAAGCCGACCAAAACGUGACCAAGUCUCCAAGAAAAGAUCUAAAUCCAUCACAGGAGGAAAGGUUUCUGGAAGUGGAUCUUCCAGAAAGCGAGGUCUUGUUAAAGGCUCCAAUAAAAGAUCAGGAACUCGGAAAGUAAGGAAAGGUUCAAAGAGCAGUUCUGGAAGCCGACCAAAACGUGACCAAGUCUCCAAGAAAAGAUCUAAAUCCAUCAAAGGAGGAAAGGUUUCUGGAAGUGGAUCUUCCAGGAAGCUGAGAGGUAUUGUUAAAGGCUCCAAUAAAAGAUCAGGAACUCGGAAAGUAAGGAAAGGUUCAAAGAGCAGUUCUGGAAGCCGACCAAAGCGUGACCAAGUCUCCAAGAAAAGAUCCAAAUCCAUCAAAGGAGGAACGGUUUCAGGUGUAGGAAAAGAUCGGUCAGAUAAAAGCAAGAAAAAUUCCAAGUCUUCCAAAGCAAACAAAAAGGGUAAGAAGUCGUCCAAGACAUCAAAGACGGGCAGUAAGGGUGGCAAAUAUGAAUACGAGGUAUCUGGGCAAUCUGAGGGUUCCUCCAGCAGUUCCUCCAGCAGUUCCUCCAGCAGUUCCUCAAGCAGUUCCUCAAGCAGUCAGACAGAGUAUGAGUACACUUAUGAGCAGCCGAAGGAAGAGCAGAUUUCAUUCGUUUAUGGAGACAUAGACGGACCGCAACAAGACGCGAAGGCUAUUUGUGAAGACAACCAACUCAAACUUGCUGUCAUAUCCUCAAAGUGGAUUCAGGAUACCAUUGCAAAGAGCAUCAAGGUGGACUUCCCAGGUGACGUAUGGGUAGAUUCCAAGUCGAUCUCUUCAGCUGAUGCAGAAGUGAAGACAGUUCCUGGAGGUUCUGGGUCCUGUGUGAUUUUGAGUGUGGCUGAUGGGUAUGCAUUGAAACGCAUUGCGUGUUCUGCAAAGAUACCAAACUUCACCUGCAUGUGAGGAGAUUCAACUUAAUUUGACUGGAUGCUAAGGUGAUAUUCACUCCAAAUUCAAUUUUUUUCUUCUUUCAAUUUACAUAUUUGUUUCAAUAAGUUGCAACCUUAACUUAACCAUAUGUAUUUGAUGUGGCCAUUAGUUUAAGUAGAUGAGCACCAAAUGUUGAGUAAAAGGGACUGUUCUAUAGGCUUAAAGUUGCAUGGUCAAAUUUUUCCCUGAAACCGAGUUUUACUUUUUUAUACAAAAAAGUAUAUUAAAGUCUAGCUAAAUCAGCCAAAAAUCGAGGCCUGUCAUCUUUUAUACACCUGGUUUGAAGAAACAUAGUAAAAAGUAUUAACAAAUUAAAAUCAGUUGGGUAAAAUUCAAUCAUUAACUUUUUACUUUGUUUCGUUUAUUUUUAAGCAAUAAAAAAGUUGGUGCAUGUUAAAUUGUUUACUUUGAAAAAAUGAAAACAAAUUAACAUCACUUGAUUAAAAUCGGCCGUUAACUUUUUACUUUAUUUCAUUUAUCUUUAAGCACUUAAAUAAGUUGUUGCAUGUUUAAAUUGUUUUGUUUUUUGCACUUUAAAGUUUAUUUAAGAAAUACAAAUUUAGACACAGUGUUAAUCAUAAUUCUUGUCCACUUUUGGGCUAUAAAUGUAAUAAAUUAUAUCCUAAGUUAUUUAAUUAACAGAGACAUAAUAUCAAAGAGUCAGUGCAAACACGUUGUAGCUCCUUUAAUAGCAUUUUAUGCUACAGUGAGCUUGAAAUUGUCAAAUUAUCAAAUCUCGUUUUUAAAUAUCUUGGAUUUACAAAACAGGUACAUGUACACUGACACAACGAUAUCUAUUUUGUUUAGUCCUGCGGCCUGUACUAACCUCAUUGAAGUUUAUAUAUAAUAUUUAGUUAUCACUCUUCCACACACCAUGCACUCACGGAUUACAGAAGAGUGAAGCUCUUCUGCAUUCCAUAUCCAACAAGGUCAAAGGUCAAGUUGGAUAUGGGAAGCAAAAGCGCUACAUAUUUAUGUAUUCCACAAUCGUAAAAAGUUAUCUUUGACAACUUCAUGGGCCCAAUUUUCAUUAAGUUGCUUAAAGCGGAAAAUAGUGCUUAACAAUUUUCUUUGCUAAGAAGAAAUAAGCAGAAUACCAGUCACAAUUUGUUCAUGUGAUACUGUAUU